AUGGAGUUUUUCCACAACGCUAAAGCCGUUAGGAUGCGUAACGUCCACGAGAAAUAUCUGAUGGCGGACGAGGACGAAGAGACGGUGACUCAAGACAGGGUUGGUUCCGACAAGAGAGCUCGAUGGACCGUGGAGCCGGUUGGUGGUUCCUUUGAAGUGAUCCGUUUGAAGAGUUGCUACGGUAGCUACCUCACCGCCUCAAACGAGCGGUUCUUGCUCGGUGCAACGGGGCGUAAAGUGGUAUUAUCGAAACCUAAUCGGCUUGGCUCGUCCGUAGAGUGGGAGCCGGUGAGAGAAGGAUCGAAAGUGAAGCUCAGGACUAGAUACGGCAACUUCCUUCGAGCCAAUGGUGGACUUCCUCCUUGGCGUAACUCUGUCACGCAUGACUCACCUCACAGUUCAGACUCGUUUUUGUGGGAUGUUGAUCUCAUUGAAAUCUUGGUCGGAACGGCGCCUCCGGUUCUAGCUCCGGCGACAACUCCCACGCCACAUAGGAAGCCGUCAUCAAGUCCUCCUAUGUCUAGAACCUCUUCAGAAAAAUACGUAGAAGAGUUGACUGAGUCGCUGCCAAAAUCUGAAGGGAGGGUCAUAUAUUACCAUAUCGCAGACGAAGAAGGACACGUGGAGGAUGAGUCAGCCGUGGGAUACGCUUUGACUUUCAAAGGGAAUAGUGUGGAACAGUUGACGCAGGCGCUCAGGGAGGAGACUAGCAUGGAUGACGUUAUUGUAUGUACACGCAACCCUUUAAACGGCAAGUUGUUUCCUCUCCGUUUGCAACUUCCGCCAAACAGUGGGACAAUGCACGUUGUUCUAGUUCCCUCAACUACUACUUAGACGUCAUGCUAUUUGCAAUAUUGGUCAGGCUAUUUGCUCAAAGAUGAAGAGAUAGUGCUAAUAAAAAGGCACACGAUUGGUUAUGGGAGUGUUGAUUAUAGAAUAUUAGGUGAUAUAUUGUGGGUGCUUUAAUCUUUUAUUUUGUUGUACAUAAGUUUAUUCUCUAAAUUUAGGUUUAGCCAUUUUUAUAUGUAUAUUAUGUGGUCCUGUGAAACAUUCACCAUCAAGAAAUGAUAUUGUAAUCAAACGAUUUGUCUAAUAAUAUUCUAAUAAGCCUUGUGCAAGUCUUC